GAUUAUAAGUUGCUUCGUGCUUGGAGGACUUAGAUCUGAGUUACACUAAUCUCUCAGUUCAAAUCUAGGAUAACUAAUUGCUUCAUUUUCAAAGAUUUCAUUUGUUGACAAAUAUGGUUCCAACACGAAUUCCUCCUCCUCCAUCCCUCACCCUUUCUGUUUUUGAAACGCCUCCUCCACCCCCCAGUAUACAUAGAGAAACAAGAGGAAAAGUGUGGGACCUGGUGGCUGCCAUUCUUCUCCCUUUCUCUUCUGUCAUUUUUUUUGUCUUGAUAUUUCUGGUGGUUUUGUCUCUUCGUCGACGAAUAUAUAGAGCUAAACAUAAGGAGGGAGAUCAAGAUCCAACCAAAAAUGGAGAUAUAUUCUCAAUAUGGAAUUUCAAUGGAAGGAUUGCAUAUGAGGACAUCAUUAUAGCAACCGAGGAUUUUGACAUCAAAUAUUGCAUUGGUACUGGUGGCUAUGGUAGUGUUUAUAAAACACAGUUGCCAAAUGGCAAAGUAGUUGCCUUAAAGAAACUUCAUCAAAGAGAAGCAGAGGAACCAGCUUUUGACAAGAGUUUUAGAAAUGAGGUUAAAGUGCUAACAGAAAUAAAACAUAGAAACAUUGUGAAGCUUUAUGGGUUUUGUUUGCACAGGCGAUGCAUGUUUUUGAUCUAUGAGUAUAUGAGCAGAGGAAGCUUGUCUUGUGUCCUUAGAACUGAUGAUGAAGUUGUGGAAUUGGAUUGGCUCAAAAGGGUGAACAUCAUCAAAAGCAUGUCACACGCUUUGUCUUACCUUCAUCAUGAUUGCACCCCACCCAUUCUUCAUCGAGACAUAUCAAGCAACAAUAUUCUUUUGAACUCAGAAUUGGAGGCUUUUGUUGCUGACUUUGGAAAUGCUAGGCUUUUGGAUCCUAAUUCAUCCAAUUGUACUAUACUUGCUGGCACUCAUGGUUAUAUUGCCCCAGAGCUUGCCUAUACAAUGGCUGUGACAGAGAAAUGUGAUGUUUAUAGUUUUGGGGUUGUGGCAUUAGAAGUAUUAAUGGGAAGACAUCCUCGAGAACUUCUGAUGGUAUCAGCGUCGUCGUCGUCGUCAUCAUCUUGUUUGCAAAAUGUGCUGCUAAGUGACAUAUUAGAUGUGCGUCUAUCCCCUCCAAGAACUAGAAAUCUUACCCAGAAUAUUGUGGUUGCUGCUACGCUUGCAUUUGCUUGUGUGCAUGCAAAACCCAAGUACAGGCCAACAAUGAAAUUUGUGUCUCAACAAUUUGUUGCCCGCCAAAAACCACUUUGGAAGCCUUUUCCAACUAUUUCUCUGUUGGAACUGAUCAAUAGUGAAUUGGAGAUGAAAAAUGGAAUAGAAUCUCAACCAAAAGUUUCUAGUCAUCCAGUCAAGUAUCAUGGUUCUUCUUCAAAUGAAAUUCUUGAUGUCUAAUUCUGGGAAUCAAAAGACUACUUUGUUUUCAUAAGGAUUGUCAAUAAAAUAACUUCCUCCUUUGGUUACUGAAAGAAGCAUCCGUAACGUAUGUGUAGCUAAUAAAUAUUUUACUUUUUA